AUGAAGUGGCUCCUCGCUCUCGCUCCUCUUGCCGCGGCGCUCCCAGGCCUCCCCACCGUCGAGCUCGGUGAAGCUCCUCCGGCCGGCUCGACACUGCAGGUCACCAUCAAGGGCGUCAGCUAUGGAGGAACUGGAUGUCCCCAGGGCACCAUGAGCUCCCAGAUCUCUUCGGACCGCACCAUUGUCACCCUCAUCUUUGACUCUUACAUCGCUUCCACCGGCCCUGGCAUCUCUGUCACGGAGCAGCGCAAGAACUGCCAGCUCAACGUUGACCUUCAGUACCCCGGAGGCUUCCAGUACUCCAUCUUGUCCGCCGACUACCGCGGUUACGCCGCCAUCCAGAAGGGCAUCACGGGCACUCUCAAGUCGACCUACUACUUCUCUGGCCAGACUGCUCAGACGUCCACCGAGUACAACUUCGUAGGCCCCGUCAACGGCGACUACCUCAAGCACGACGAGGCCGACUCGACCUCCAUCAUCUGGUCGCCCUGCGGCGCCGCCGGCAUGCUCAACAUCAACUCGCAGGUGCGCCUGACCAGCACCAACUCGUCGGCGACCGGUCUGCUCACCACCGACUCGACCGAUCUCAAGUUCAGCCAAGUCGUGUACGUCCAGUGGCAGAAGUGCACCAAAUAGAAUGCUGAGACGUGAGAUUCAAGGGCGGCACGCAAUCGCACAAGCGCGCUGGCUAUCACGAAGUGGAAGGCAUUCGAUGUGGAGGAUUUGAACUGGAGGCAAUGCUGAGCACGGCUGAUAUGUAGCGUGGACUUGUUUUUUUGAGGGUUGAUAGCUUUCUUCGCUUGGCUCUGUUGAUUACUCCAAUUGGGAUGGACGCAUCUCCGACGCCCCCUUG